AUGGGAUCGUACAACUACCUGGGCUUCUCGCACAACGAUGGCCCGUGCGCGAACGAGGCUGCCCAGUACAUUGAUCGCUACGGGGUCCACGUCGGAGCUCCGCGUAACGAGGCUGCGAUCCUGAGCCCUCAACGUGAGGUCGAAAAGUGCGUGGCCAAGUACCUCGGCGUCGAGGAGGCGAUCUGCUUCCCGAUGGGAUUUGGGACCAACUCGAUGAACAUCGCCUCCCUCGUUGAUAAGAACUCGCUGGUGCUCUCGGAUCAGCUAAACCACGCCUCCCUGGUGCUGGGCUGUCGCAUGUCGGGCGCCAACGUCAAGGUCUUCAAGCACAACAACGCUAAAGAUUGUGAGCGCAAGAUCCGCGACGCCCUCUGCCACCCGAACCCGAAAACCGGCAAGAAGUACAACAAGGUGCUAAUCGUGAUCGAGGGCAUCUACUCGAUGGAGGGGACGAUCGUCGAUUUGCCCUCGUUCAUCGCCGUCAAGAAGAAGUACCGCGCCUAUCUGUUCCUCGACGAGGCGCAUUCCGUUGGAGCCCUGGGCCCAACUGGAAAGGGUGUCGUCGAGUACUGGGGCGCCGACCCCCACGACGUCGACCUGAUGAUGGGCACGCUGACGAAGAGCUUCGCCGCCGCCGGCGGAUAUAUUGGCGGGGAAAAGUCGACCAUCUCGCACCUGCGCGUCAACUCGGCCGGCGCUUGCUACGGCCCGCCGAUGCUGCCCUGCUCAUCGCCCAGGUCAUCAGCAGCAGGAAGGAUUAUGAACGGCGAGGACGGGACCCAGAUCGGGCGCAACAAGGCCGACAAUUUGCUCCGGAAUUCGCGGUACUUCCGGGCCAAGCUGAAGGCCCUCGGUUUCCUGAUCUACGGCCACGACGACAGCCCCGUCGUGCCGCUGAUGACGUUCCACACGACGAAAGUUGUUUACUUCGGCCGGGCGACCCUUCAAUAUGGGAUUGGAGCGGUUCAGGUCGGUGCCCCGGCCACUCCCCUCACCAAGGCCCGAAUCCGCUUCUGCAUGUCGGCCGACCACACGAAGCAGCAGCUCGAUUAUGUGCUGUCGAUUUGCGACCGGAUCGGCGACCUGAGCGGCACGAAGUACGCGACGUGCAACCUGAAGCGAUUCGCGGAAAUCGAAUAU